AUGACGGCGCAAGAGACGGCACCUCCAGAUUCGCCCUUGGAUGCGUUUGCGCCUGCGCUCGACGACAUCGAACAACUCGACCAAUUCCGCCGUUCGCCCCACCCUUACUUGCAUCAUAGAGAUCAGCUACGGAGACGGUCGCCAGAUCCGGCGCACGACGUUUCUCUGCAUUCGCAAUCGCAAUCGCAAACCCCGCCUCGGCACCUAGACAAGACCAUGAGGAAAACGCCGUCACAAUCACCAAGUGAAAGCGGCACCGAGGCCGACGACGAGGGCUGCAGCCUUGUCAAGGCACUGCCUGCUCCUCCCUUGCGACCGCACAAGGGCCUCCGUGAUUCCCAGGCAUUGGGCACAGAGGCGUGGGCGAGCCCCCUCCUUACCCCCACACAGAUUGACGACGAGGGGAGGAAGCUCUCCGAGGGCUACUUUGCUCGCAACAACAAGACGAGACGCAAGGGAGACGUAUACCAUAGCGACGAAGCGAGGGCAGCCAGGCAGAGAUACCUCCAGCGGCGGCGCAACGAGCUGGUCAGGAGAACGACCGAGACUGCAUUGCUUGCGGGCAUUGCCGUCCUGGCUGUCCGUGGUUGUGACUGCUGGACCAAACUGCUGGCAUGGCAUAGAGUAGAGCUGUUGACACACUGUUCUGUCAUGGCUGGCGUUUUGGGGCUAUAUCCGCUUCGGCUUCUGUACUACUCAUGGAGAAAUCACUCUCAACUCCGGCUUGGCCGUCAAAUACAUCUACCAGCUGCCUUCGAUCCGGCCACUAUCCUCUACCCCCCAAUAUUGCCCGUCCUGAUUGCGAUCUCCCUGUUUGCCUCAUCGUCAAAGCCCCUUCUACCCAACAUGUUGCUUGGACUAGCCGCUCUACCAGCCAGGCUUUUUCCUUUCAGAAGCGCUACCUUGGGCUACUCUCCUCUGCACUGGCUGAUAUCCAUCAUGCCCCUGAUCGUUUCAGAGAACACCGAUAUACCCUCUCGGCUGUUUGCACAGACACCAUACAAGCUCAAGUUACCCCCGCCUAACCAAGGUGUAGACCCAGAACUUCUGGUGAUGUUAUUCCCUUUGCAUCAGGCGCUACUACCGCCCUUGUACUAUCUCACCACGACGAGCCUUUUGCCAGCCGAGUUGCAUUUGCUUUCCAUUGGGCUGAUCAACCUCCUCUUAUUCUCGGAAACUCCUCAAGCAACCAUACUCACUGUCUUGCUGUGGCUAGGCGGGCUGGGUGUUUUCUUGCUUUGCGGCAGGAUCUUGAAGUGGGGUGUUGCACUUGCACGCAUUCCGCGAUGGAGGCUUCGGCGUGCUGGCCAAGUCAUCCGAGCUCGACAGAAUUUCUUGCAGGUCCUGAACCACAGCCUGGGUUCCAGGCGCGGCGGGAGUGGUUCGGUGAGAAAUGCGAGUGAUAGUGAUGCGGACGAAGAAGAUCCUACAUUUGAAAAUGCUCUCCACAAGACUAAGAGUCUGAAAGUCAACAUUCUAGAUUCUGCGAAACACAGCAGACUUCGCAUGGACGGCGAUGAGCCACGAUCCGCGGUUGAAGCGACAAAUACGGGCUUUCAGCAAUCGAAUGGUGGCGAAAGAGCCAACCAUAGUAGCGGACGCAGGCGAAGGAACACCCUUCCAGUUCUCGUCGCUGAAGACCAUACAUCAAAGCAUCAGUACUCGAGUCGAAAACGAUCGAGAUCAAUUGUGCAGUCUUACCUGUCGCUCACACCGACCGAAGCCACCAUGAGGAAGUGGUUGUACGCAGGAUACUUCUAUGCGAUUGUAGUCGCGCUAAUACUUGGACCAAUUCGGUAUACUAUCGGCGAACAUGCUCUCCACCACAACGAACCGUUUGGAUGGGCCAUCAGCUACCUCUUCGGCAAUGUACCACGCGUGCGAUGGGAGGUGUUCCAGUGGAAUUUGGACUGGUGGGUCCCACUACCGACGAGACUGGAUUCUGACGACAUGCUCGAAUCUGCACAACAUCUAUCACCUGCGGAGUAUGUGCGUUUCUUAGUGGUAGGCGAAGCAAACACACGUCUCUUGCUGUGCUUGUACUGUGCCGGAACUAUCAUUGCCGGUCUUGUUGCAGUCUUCUCACUUUCCGCGGUUGUAGAAGUCGAUACGCGCAGAAAGGUGUUCCAUGGCACCAUGGUCGCGAUGCUUCUUCCGACCAUCUUCAUCGAUCCUUGUUUCGUCGCACUAGCCCUUGCGUUGGUGCUUGCGAUAUUUCUCCUUCUGGAUCUGAUUCGUGCCUCGCAACUGCCACCACUGUCGAAACCCAUUGCUAGGUUCCUCACGCCGUACGUAGACGGUCGUGAUCUCCGGGGUCCAGUAGUAGUAUCACACAUCUUUCUUCUCAUAGGCUGCGCAAUACCGCUUUGGCUAUCGCUCGCAGGUAUAGAACGGGCUGGCGAUGAGCCAUGGCAAGGGUGGGAUGUCAAGGAUAGGGAUGUGAGUAUGGUGGCAGGGGUGGUUUGUGUUGGCAUGGGCGACGCGGCGGCAUCUCUCAUCGGCCGUCGCUACGGACGGCGGAAGUGGCCAUGGGCCGGCGGCAAGUCACUCGAGGGCUCCCUGGCAUUUGCAUUUGCAGUGUCGAUAGGGCUCGUUGUGAGUAGAGUCUGGCUUGACGUUGGGUGGGACAGUGGCCAGGCAGGGCAGAAGACAACGAGCGAGUGGGUACAAGACGCACUGCUAAUGGUCGGCAAGGCAGGUCUAUGUGCAGCGGGGGCGAGCCUCAACGAGGCGGUGCUCACAGGCGGAAACGACAAUGUGAUAGUGCCAGUCAUACUAUGGGCUCUUGUGAGGGGUGUCAGGCUGUAG